AUGGCGUCGUUUCUCAAAUUUACUCGCUCGUUUUGUCAGCCACGCAAAUUUUUGUGUAAAAUUGAGCCGGACACUUACCCCUUAGAUGCACCGGUUAGAAACAAACCCAAAGUAAGUGCUCCUUUCAAUUACGAAGUGCUUCCCGGAGUGUCGCCGAAAAUAUUUCGAGAAACGGAACAUGAGCAGUCCCUCGGUCCGAUCCAUGUUGUCGGAAAUGUGGCGAAAGACUUCCCGUACAAAAAUCCAGAAUACUUCUCGUACCACAAUUACUCGUACUACGAUAUUGGCCGCGCCGUCGCUUGUGCCUAUCGGCUUCAACCGAGCGCUCUGCCAAAAGGAGGUAAACCAUUCCGGGUGCCAUGGCAACAGGUCGAAGAGGAGUCUUCAGCUGAUCCCGUGGGCUUCUUAAAUUGUGAGCGGUGCGAAGAGGAAGGGUCCGUUGACCUGCCAGCUUCCAAGGGCUGA